AUGUUCGGCCUGCUGGCUGUGACUUCGGCAGGCCUAGCAUUCGAAGUCGUUUCCAUCUUCUUUCCUUCACGGCGGUCAUUGGCGCUAUAUCCAGCAUUAGCAUGGGCAAUCGCAGCGGUCAUAGUGGUGAUUGAGCGUCCGAGAACGGCAUCGCUCUCGUUGAUGUUCCUAUUUGCAGGGCUUUUCUCCGCGCAAGCAGUCGUUUUGUCACAUACCGGAAUUUCGUUCACCCUUGAGAAUGCCCCGCUAGUUCUGGCUCCUGUCACUGCACUGCUAGGUGUGGCGGUGAUUCUUAAUAUGCCUCUACGGGAUCCUUUAUUGCCUAAAAAAGGGAUUAGCCCUGUUUCCGGUCCACCGACUGUCGAACUGAGAACCCCAGAGGACGACCUGACUCCAUGGCAAUAUAUGACGGUUUCGUGGAUGGAACCUUUGAUACAGAAGGGAGUCACACGCCAGAUGGAUGACAAAGAUGUGUGGGAUCUUGGAUGGGAAUUCAAGCAUGCGCGCUUGCACGAGGCGUUUCGACAGCUGCACGGAUCAGUCACCAGGAGGAUCUUCGUUGCAAAUGGCAUGGAUCUUGUACGCACUACAAGUCUAAACACGAUUAGAUUAGCAGCUACACUAUUGACGCCAGUACUCCUCCAACGGGUCCUUGCUUCAAUGAAUGAUGAAAAAGCCCCAAAGAGCGCCACAAUUACAUAUGCCGUUCUUGGACUUGUCUUACGUCUUGUUUCCGCCCAAUUGAGCGUUUUCAACCUUUGGUAUCAACGUCGAGCAUACGAAAGGUCACGUGGUGAGAUGAUCACCAUGCUGUAUGAGAAGACUCUAAACCGAAAGAUACUGGGUGCAAAGCAAGAGGUCAAGGAGGAACCUACCAACGAUCAUCCAAACGGCGAAACCACUGAAACGGAACCUGGGAACACGACCUUCUUACCUGACGUGAAUAAAAAUUCUUCCAGCUGGCUUGCACGGAUAAUAGCCUACAUUCGAUUCCUUCUUACCAAGAAGCCAAAAGAAGCGACUGCAAAGGAAGAGAAAGAAGCUGCGUCGAUGGGCAAGAUUCUCAAUUUAAUGCGCAAUGAUGUGUAUGAAGUGGCACAACGCUUCUGGGACUUUUCGGAUAUCAUCACCAAGCCAGCUGGCGCAAUAUUUGCAACUCUUCUCAUAUGGAGAAUGCUAGGCUGGGCCUGUCUACUCGGUGUGUUAGCACUCGGUGCUUCACAACUUUUCAACAUCGUUAUAGCUCGCUAUCAGGUGUACUUCGAAAAGAAGCGUCGCGCUGCGACCGAUGAAAAGCUACAACGGACAAGCCAGUUCAUCGAAUCGAUCCGUCAUUUGCGCUGGUACGGCUGGCAAGGCGCAUGGCUCGAGGGCAUCUUAGAGUCACGACAGAAGGAGCUGUGGUUUCGAAUCAUCAACAUCAUCUUCACCACGUCUCUUGCAUUCAUGCUCCGUUUCGGAUCAGGGCUGUUCCCAGCUGUGGCUUUCUAUGCCUUUACGUCUAUAGCAGGAAAGCCACUUCGUGUGGACCUCAUAUUCCCUGCAAUCGACUUGUUCAACCUCCUGGAAGGCUAUCUGCGGGCGCUACCUCAGUUGGUCACUACGAUCCUCAACGCGUACGUGGCCAUGGGGCGAAUUGAAGAAUUCAUGGCCGAGCCAGAUAAGGAGAGAGCUGAUGUGGUAUCGGAAGACGCCGCAAAUCUUAGUUUACACAAUGCAUCAUUCGCAUGGCCUGGUGUAGAGAAGAACGUCUUGCAGGAUCUCACGCUGGCUUUUCCUCCAGGGCUGACUGUAAUCUACGGCGAGGUCGCAGCGGGCAAAACAGCUCUACUGCAAGCACUGCUCGGUGAGCUCGACAGGACUGCAGGCGAGUUCAUUCGCCCAGACCAAGUCAUCGGUUACUGUGCGCAGACGUCGUGGCUACAGAAUAUGAGCAUUCGAGACAACAUCCUCUUCUCAUACCCCUACGACGAAUCCCGCUACAAGCAAGUCUUGGAAGCUUGCGCACUGCUGCCAGAUAUGGCUGAGUUCAAGCACGGUGAUUUAUCAAACAUUGGCGAGAAUGGCAUUGGAUUGUCAGGUGGACAGAAGGCUCGUGUGGCGCUGGCUCGCGCCGUUUACAGCAGUGCUAACGUCGUUCUCCUCGACGAUCCUCUAUCGGCACUUGAUCACCAGACUGCGGAGUUGAUUGCCAAUAAACUGCUCAAAGGCCCAUUACUAGAGGGUAGGACGGUUAUCCUUGUCACGCACAGGACUGAACUCUGUCAUGGUCUUGCUAAGCAGUGGAUCGAGCUGGACCACGGCAAAGCCAUCAUUCACGAACCGACUGCAGCUGAGGAUGCAAAUGAGCUCAAGCGUAUCCACACAAACGAUUCAGUCUCCGCUGAUGAAGCCAAGAAACGCGAGGAAGAAUCAGCGGCAGCUAUCCCAGACAAGUUCAUCGAGGAUGAACAUCGUGCAACAGGUGGCGUGAAGCUCAAGGUAUACUGGCGUUACAUCAAAGCAGGUACACUUCGUUGGUGGUCGGUCGCAUUGCUUGUCAUGGCCAUCUUUCGUAUCGUCGAUGUCGCGCAAACCUGGUUCAUCAAGUCCUGGGGCGAGAGCUACGACGACAAAGAUCACAAAGGUUUAUUCGACUUUUUGCCUCCCGCCGAGGAGAAUGUGAACCCCUGGUUAUGGACCUUCUUUGGGUUCGUCUCAGCUACCGCCAUACUCUUCUGGUGGACCAACCUGAUCAUGUUUGGGGUUGGGUAUCAAGCUGCAAAAACAAUCUUCAAGGAGACUGUGGAGCGCGUGGCUCAUGCGACGUUCAGGUUCUACGACAUUACACCUGUGGGACGCUUGAUGAACCGGCUAACAAGCGAUAUGAACACUAUUGACGGUGAUCUGAGCAAUGCAUUCAUUGUCUUCGCAUGGCAAUUUAUAGGAUGGGUUAGCAGCAUUGUCAUCAUCAUCUCAUCGACGCCGACUUUCCUAGCCUUUGGGGUAAUACUCAUGGCUGGAUUCGUGUACUUUUUUUUGCGCUUUUUGCCCACUUCGCAGACUCUGCGGAGGCUUGAGAUGGUGUCACUAUCCCCGCUCAUGUCGAACUUCGGCGCCCUUGUGGAGGGUCUCACCACCGUGCGAGCUUUCAAAGCCCAAGAGCGCUUCCAAGCUCGCGUCAUCGAAGUGGUCGACAACUUCCAGAAGAACGAUCACUUCUAUUGGUCUCUUCAAUCCUGGCUCGCCUUGCGCUUCAGCGUCAUGUCCGCCAGUGCAACCAUGAUCAUGACGCUCAUCGCCGUGUACACGGGCAUCAGUCCAGGUCUUACCGCCUUUGUCCUCAUCACCGCCAGCAAAUUCGUCGUGCACACGGAAUGGAUGUGCCGCAUCUACGGUAUCCUAGAAAUGGACUUUGCCAGCGUAGAACGUGUCGUCGAGCUGCUAGACAUUGAGACCGAAAAUCCCGGCGUCGUCGACCCGCCAGCCCACUGGCCCACCUACAGCGGAGACGUUGAGUUCAAAGACGUGACAAUCCGCUACGCCGACAACCUCGAACCCGCCCUCGAAAACAUCACACUCAAGAUCCCCGCCGGCAGCAACACGGCCAUCAUUGGACGCACAGGAUCCGGCAAAUCCACCCUCGCACUCUCCCUCCUCGCCACCAUCCCCCCCGAAACCGGAACCAUACUCGUCGACGGCAUCGACAUCUCCACCGUAAACAAGCAAGCCCUCCGCAGCCGCAUCACCUUUCUCGCCCAAGAACCCGUCCUCUUCCCCGGCACAAUGCGCAAGAACCUCGACCCCCUCUCCUCCCACACCGACGCCGCCUGCGCCGCCGUCCUCGCCAAAAUCGCAGGAAACCACGGCUGGACACUGUCAACGCCCAUUCAAGCCGGCGGCAAAGGCCUCUCCCAAGGCCAGCGCCAACUCGUCGGCCUCGCCCGCGCCCUGCUCCGCCAAUCCCCCAUUCUCAUCAUGGACGAGGCGACGGCGAGUAUCGAUUUUGAAACCGCGCAGCGGAUUCAGCGUGUGUUGCGCGAGGAGUUGCGGCAGAGUACUGUGAUUACGAUUGCGCAUCGGUUGGAGGCGGUGCGGGAAGCGGACUUUUGCGUUGUUUUGGCCAAGGGGAGGGUUUUGAGGGUGGGGAGGGCGGAGGAGUUGCUUAGGGAGGGGACGGAGUUUAGUGGUAUGUUGGCGUGA